CACAUCGAUGCAGCGUCUAGUCAAAUAGUAACGAGAAAACGUUACAUUCUGUGAGCUAGUUUGUUACCACCCACUUGAACCGGAACCUUUUCAAUCAAACAAGCUUGAACAGUGUUGUCUCUGUCUACAACAGUGACAGGAGCAGCGCGGCUAACAAUGUUUCGUUAACAUCUAACGUUAGUGUCAUUCCCAUGUUUAUGGGCCAAAAUGACGAGGACACAAUAGCAGGAUUCGUCCACUUUCGUUUUUGUGAGCAAUAACGACGGCCAACCUCGCUAUUGCGUGGGCUGAACACACUUCAGUGUCUGCCUCAGAGCCUGGGAGAGCCGGGAACCGAGGGAAACCUUUCUGAUUUAUUUUUUUUCCCCCCAGUUUGUAAAUGGCUUUGCAUUACUACUGCUGCUAGCUAGGACCGGACGAGGGUGUAUAACCGAUCGGAUAUUCGGUAUAGCAGUUCCACCCUCGCCGCCCAAGUCCUUAGCUAACGUUUCCCUCCCGACUUCGACCUGUCUCACUUGGUAAGCUGAAGGAAGGCGGAAUAUAGCUCGUUGCGUUUAAAAAAGACACAGAAAGAUGGGGAACACGACCUCCUGCUGCGUAUCCUCCAGCCCCAAGCUCCGGAGAAACGCUCACUCGAGGCUGGAGCCCUACCGCCCCGAGCCGGAGCUAAGCAGGGAAGAUACGGGCUGUAACCUACAGCAUAUCAGCGACAGGGAGAAUAUUGACGAUCUGAAUAUGGAGUACAACCCCUCGGACCAUCCGAGAGCGAGCACGAUAUUCCUCAGCAAGUCCCAGACUGACGUUGCCGUUCCCAACAAGAAAGUGCGGGAAAAACGGAAGAGCCUCUACAUCAACCACCAUCCACCCGGGCAGUCGAGACGGAAGUACAGCUCCUGCUCCACCAUAUUCUUGGAUGACAGCACAGUCAGUCAGCCCAACCUUAAGUACACCAUUAAAUGCGUAGCUCUUGCAAUAUAUUACCACAUAAAGAACAGAGACAUAGACGGAAGAAUGUUGUUAGACAUAUUUGAUGAGAAGCUUCAUCCACUUUCGAAGUCGGAAGUUCCCUCAGACUACGACAAGCACGACCCCGAGCAGAAGCAGAUCUACCGCUUCGUCCGAACCCUCUUCAGCGCGGCCCAGCUGACUGCGGAAUGUGCCAUUGUGACACUGGUGUACCUUGAAAGGCUUUUGACGUACGCGGAGAUCGACAUCUGUCCCGCCAACUGGAAGCGCAUCGUCCUGGGCGCCAUCCUGCUGGCCUCCAAGGUGUGGGACGACCAGGCCGUGUGGAACGUGGACUACUGCCAGAUCCUCAAAGACAUCACCGUGGAGGACAUGAACGAACUGGAGCGACAGUUUCUGGAGCUCUUGCAGUUCAACAUCAACGUGCCGUCGAGCGUUUAUGCAAAGUACUACUUUGACCUGCGCUCCCUGUCGGAGGCCAACAACCUGAGCUUUCCUCUGGAGCCCCUGAGUCGGGAUAAGGCACAGAAACUAGAGGCAAUCUCCAGGUUGUGCGACGACAAGUACAAGGACUUGAGGAAAGCCGCCAAGAAGCGGUCGGUGAGCGCGGACAAUCUGACGGUGGUGCGGUGGGCCCCAGCCAUCAUCUCCUAACGGCCCAUGGGGAGCCCGGGAGCCGGGGCCCGAUCCGAUCACCGCAAGAGCGCCCCGCCCCGCGCCGUUCCCGGUGGAACCUUCCUCACUCCACCAGAUGCCUUCACAGUGCCUCGGCCUGCCGAAGCACCAAGGAACACAGAAUUUUUUCUUUUUUUUUUUGACCAAGUGUCGUUGUUGCCGUUUUGGUCGCCGUACAGAUGUCUGCUCUCCCAUUGACGGGGCUUAGAGUCCGUGGGCGUACAGACAAAGAGCGACUGGUAGUUAAACAGGAAGCAGCGCAUCUGUGGAACCAUCUUAAUGAAGAGUACUGUAAAAAAAAAAAAGAAAACAGACAAAAAUGAAGUCCCUUAAUACAGAGAACUUUGUUGUGACUUUUGGGACUUGUUCUCUGACUUUUAUGGCUGGUAUGUAAAAAAAAAAAA